AUGCCAUCUUAUAUGGUUUCUGUUAAAGAACAUACAUCUUCGGAACAACAUAUAAAUGCAAUAAAACUUGAUACUGCUGAAAAAUUAAAAGACAAAGAAUCAGAACAACUUAUACAAAAAAACAACGGUCAUAUAGUUAGAAUUUUAAAAAUCGUAUAUACACUUAUAAGGCAAGAUAUACCAUUAUCCAAGCUUCCUUACUUCGUUCAAUUGUCUCGUGAAUUGGAGUCACCAUUUAUUAUAGAUGGUCAAAUUACUUAUGAAAAUAAAGUAUCUGGUCGUGAGUUUGCAUUUGCUAUAUCAAAUAUAAUCAAAGCUAAAAUAUGGAAAGAAAUUGGCGAAGCUGUAUCUUUCAAUAUUAUGAUUGAUAAGAUUCAUAUCCUUCAAGAAUACCAACGAAUUCUUGAUUGUCCUGAGAUCCAUUUAAAGAAAUUAAAAGAAAUACGAUGGCUUGGCUGGUAUGAAGCUGUUGAAAAUUUUGUUAAAACAUUACCUGCCAUACUUUCACAACUUCAAAGUAACGAUAGCCAAUUAGUAUCAUUAAAUAAAUUUUUUCAAAAGCGAAAUCUUUAUUUUCGCAACAUCAUUCCUAUGAUUGAUGCUACAAUUACAAGCAUUCAAAAAGAUUAUAUUAUAGAUUCAAAUUUGGGCUAUCAUCUUCAAGUUUUUAUCGAUCAUACGAAUCCAUUUAAUAAUA